AUGGUGCUGCUGUCGGGGCACGGCGAGCAGCUGCCCGGGGAGCGCGUCUGCCCCGCGCCCGCCGCCGCUAAGGAGAUGCCCGGCGCCGAGGCGGAGAGCAGCCCCGAGCAGGGGGCGGCGGAGGCUGCCGCCGAGGAGCCGGACGAAGAGGAGGAGGAGGAUUACGAGUACGAGGACUUCUCCGAGCUGCCCGACACCUGCAGCAUCGCCUCAGACGACUCCUUCUACCCUCCUGGGGGGCUGGACGACGACGACGAGGACCUCUGGUCCCUGGAGGGGGACGGGAGGGACAGCCCCGAGGCACUCAGCCUCUUCCGAGCCUGCUGCACCAACAACAGCAUCGUGCUGAAGGCGCUCAUCCGCCAAGGCCCCCAGGAGGAGGAGGUGCAGGAAGCAGACCGCAAUCGCAGGAAUGGUCUUAUUGUUGCCUGUUACCAAGGUUAUGUGGAUAUUGUAAUAGCCUUAGCACAAUGCCCUCACCUUGAUGUGAACUGGCAGGACAACGAAGGGAACACGGCUCUAAUUACAGCUGCACAGGCAGGGCACAUAACCAUUACAAACUAUUUGUUGAACUAUUUUCCUGGGCUUGAUAUUGAGAAGAGGAAUGCAUUUGGAUUCACAGCCCUGAUGAAAUCUGCAAUGCAGGGCCGAACAGAAUGUGUGAAAGCCUUGAUGAUGGCAGGGGCAAAUGUUCAUGCAACUGACCCAAGCCGUGGACUGACUUCAUGGGAAUGGGCUUGUUUCACAGGAAGAUCAGAGUCUGCCUUUGUCAUGCAGAAGCUGAUGGACAGGCCAUGCCCAGAACAGUUUUCUGAUCAGUAUAAACCAGAAUGGCCAAAAAUGAAGGAACUUCUUGCCAGGGCUGCAGAGCCAAAAACCUGCUUGCAGAAGAUUUCUGAGUGUGUAAGGGCAGCUGUCUCGUUCCGCUCUUUCUAUGGCCCAGAAGAGGACGGGGUCCUUGACCACAUGGUGAAGGUGACAACGAGUUUGGGAAGUCCUUUCAUCGCUCUGGCAUGCCGGACUGUGUGCCCAGGCAGCCCACCUUGUGUGGGAAAACGCAGACUGGCUGUGCAGGAAAUCCUUAGGAAGCAGAGAGCAGAGGAGAUCCGAUCUCAAGACAAAGAUCACGUUAGCAGCUACGAGAAGCUCUUUCAGAACUCCAGAGUCACAGUGGUGCCCAAGAAGAAGGAGCGUCGAGCCAGCCUUCAGCCCAUCAGCAUUGCAAUGUCCCAGGUGAGCACAGUAGCCACGAGGAAAGCAAGCCUCCUGCCGCUCCACCUGCUUCGACGGAGCAGUGUCCGGCCGGGAUUUGUCAUCCCCAAAGUCCGUGUCAGCAAGGCUCCUCCACCCACCUUCCAGCCAGAAAAGGCGAGAAGGAGGAGCAGUGCAAAGGACGACCCCUAUCUGCAGAUUCCCAAAUGGAGAUACAAGGAGUUAAAAGAGGAGCGGAGGAAAGCAGAGGAACAGGAGAAGAAUAGAGCAGCAGAGGCUCAAAAGCUAAGGCAGGUGUCUCCUGCCCAGAGCAGGACCUGA